UCGAUUGUCAGUUUCAUUUUAGACAUCCCAAACAACAGAGCUGCAGGGAAGGCGCGUGUGGCCUGUAAGCCUUUUCUUUUUUUUUUUGUUACUAUUCAAAAGAAUAUAUUUACAGUACGCGACGCGUUAUAACAAGUGUAUGUGUAUGUGAAUACUUUGUUGCUGCGUUAAUUGAAACAUUAAUGCGCGCUAGUGCAUUGAAUAAUAAAAAAAACAAACAGCGCCCCUGCCCUUCACACAGCUCCACAAUAAUAUUUUUCUAUAUAACUUCAAAUAUCAAGUGCGCUGCUACUUUGCCAAAUUGUAAAAGGGUGCUAACGUUAUGUGGAGUCCAACACAUUGCAGUGUAACUGUUCAGCGUGCGCGAGGUCUUUUGACCAAAGGCAAGAAUGGCACCAACAAUUGCUUUGUCACAAUUGCCCUGGGCAAGGAGAAGUACCAGACAUCGGUCAAGGACAAGGCCGAGGCGAGUGUCAACUGGAAUGAGGAGUGUGAACUCAAAAUUCCGGAUCAGGGCAAUCGGGCGGAGUUAACGCUGACAUGCCUGCAUCGCAACAAUCUGGGCAUCGACGAGUUCUUGGGCCAGGCGACGCUGCCGCUGAAGGACAUGGACGUUUACGACAGGCCGCGUGCCAAGUGGUUCAAGCUGGAGAGCAAGCCGGGCAAGGAGAAGAAGAAUAAGGAGCGCGGAGAACUCGAGGUGCGCAUUGCGUUCGUUGUCAAAUCCGGAUCACUGACAGAUCUGAGCAAGAAGGACAAGCACAAGUCUUCCAUUGGCCAGCUGGCCAGUUCCGUGGGCGGUAGCCUGCUCUCCAUUGGCCAAGGCGAGAAGCGUAAGAGCAUCAAGAAGCUAGCUGGGUCUCUUAGUUCCAAGCUGCACAUACGCAGCAAGAAGAAGCAACCGGAUGGUGACGACAGUGGCUCAUUCAGCGGCUCCUUUGCUAGCAUUGGUACGCCCAACAGCUCCUCAGGUCUUGGCGGCGUCGGCGGUGGCAGCGGACGUAGGCGCGGCCAGCGUGCCGGCGAAGCUGAUCCUGGCGUCAUUAGCGAGGAUGAGGACGAGUUUGUGUUCGAUAAUUUGUCCCACAAGAGCUCUGGCAGCUCGCUGAACAUCCAGCGCUCCGGUCUGCAGCCGCCUUCAUCUAAUGGCAAUAACAAUUUCGCUCCGCGCAACCCAUCGCCGCUGCUGAGCAACGGAGGCAGUUAUGCCAAGGGGAAACUCAAUGGAGGUAAGCCCAAAUUGCAAGAGACAGUCGAUGAGGAUCCAAUCGUUGCGGAGAUGGAACAGCUUGAGCUCGAUUUCAGCGUUCGUGCACGCACUCUGCCACCUCCCUCAAAGCCGCCACGCACGCAGCAGACACAGCAAGAGCUGGAGUCGGAGCGGGAAAAGGAUCAGAAACCCGAAGGCAAUGGUCAAAUACAACUGGAGACGGUGCCACCACAGUCGGUGGCCCCUAACCAGGUGGAUGAGUGGGAAUCAAAGUUAUAUGGUGGCGGAAAGUAUUUGGAGAUUGGCAGCAGUGAUUCCUUGAAGCGUCGCAGUUGGGAGACGCGCGUUCCGUUGCCGACGACUAGCGAGGAACCACCACCGGUUCCUUCGACAAGCAGCUCAUCGAGCUCUUCAGACGCCGAAGAAGAUGUUGAGCCGGUGGUUGAGGAGCCAACAAAGGCAGCGCCGCCGUCGCGGCCAUCAGCUGAGAGAAACAGCAAGAGCAACAGCAACAGCAACUCGCUCUUUUCACCGGACGUGGAGCCACGCAACUUUGAUUCACUCAAUGCCAGCUUCGCCAAGUUCGAGCAGCGCAACAGCACAGCCAUCUUUGCAGAUGAGCAGCUGUCGCACGAACCUUUGACUAGGCCGAAUCCGGUGGAGUCACAGCCGUUGCCAAGUGAGCGACCCAAGCCCCAACCGCGUGCAGCAAAUAACGAGCAACUGAAAGCGGAAACGGCGGCACUGGUAAGGGCAGAGGCUGCCGCCGAGGAGGAAGCCUCGCGCCAGCGACGCGUCGAAGAAGACGAACGCCUUGAGGCCGAGUUGCGUUUGAAUGAGCAGCGGUUGCGUGAAGAGGAGGCGGCUUUGCAGCAAGAGCUGGAAUUACAGCAGGAGGAGCAGCGACGCCGUGAUGCCAAACGGCGUGAGGAGGAUCAAAGACUCUUGAGCUUCGCCAAGCGCUCCACCUCCCUGGAGGAGCAGCCAUCAAAGCCACUAGCGCAGAGGCAGGCAAUUGGCAAGGAGGAGGAGGAGGAGACCACGGCUGUUGCCGCACCCGUUGUUGCUACCAUUGCCGCGCCCAUUGCUAUUGCGGCGCCCGUUGCGGUGGCCAUGGCCGAUGUUGAUCCAAGCAUAGAGCACAACUUGCUAACGCCUGAACAAUCGCCCAAGGAGUUCAACAGCAUUGGCGGAGGCAGCGGCAGCGGUGAGCGCUGGGAGAAGCGACUGGGCAAAUUUAAAUACGGCAAUAAGCGAGAUAAACAAAACGAUACGGAUAGCAAUUCGCCCAGUCCCAAGUCCACGGAACGCAUUAUUAUUGGCCACGAGAAGUCGGGCUCGCAUGCGGAUCGUCGUUCCGAGAUCUCUGCACAGUUGGCCAAAAAAUAUGAGGGAAAGUCACGGGAGGAGCUGAUGCUGAUUGCCAAUGGCAUGGAGAAUGAAGCGUUGCUUCAACGCCAGCGCGUCAAGGAGCUGGAGGAUUAUUUGGAUAAUUUGUUGUUGCGUGUCAUGGAGACGCACCCGAAGAUCUUGCAGAAUCCGUAUUCGCGAACCACAUCGGCCAAAAGUUAUAAAAAUUACAUCAAUAUGAAUGACUUUUUAAACUAAAACCAAGAUCAGCAACACCCCCUGUGACCCCCGAUCGGCAGCAGCAGCAACAGCCGCAGCAUCAUCAUCGUCCCCAGCAACAACAAUAACAAGAAUCAAC